AUGGUACCAUGGGAGCCCCAGCAGCUGAUGGCACCAUGGGAGCCCCAGCAGCUGAUGGCACCAUGGGAGCCCCAGCAGGUGAUGGUACCAUGGGAGCCCCAGCAGAUGAUGGUACCAUGGGAGCCCCAGCAGGUGAUGGUACCAUGGGAGCCAGCAGCUGAUGGUACCAUGGGAGCCCCAGCAGCUGAUGGCACCAUGGGAGCCCCAGCAGCUGAUGGUACCAUGGGAGCCCCAGCAGAUGAUGGUACCAUGGGAGCCCCAGCAGCUGAUGGCACCAUGGGAGCCCCAGCAGGUGAUGGUACCAUGGUAGCCCCAGUAGCUGAUGGUACCAUGGGAGCCCCAGCAGAUGAUGGUACCAUGGGAGCCCCAGCAGAUGAUGGUACCAUGGGAGCCCCAGCAGGUGAUGGUACCAUGGGAGCCCCAGCAGCUGAUGGUACCAUGGGAGCCCCAGCAGCUGAUGGUACCAUGGGAGCCCCAGCAGGUGAUGGUACCACGGGAGCCCCAGCAGGUGAUGGUACCAUGGGAGCCCCAGCAGCUGAUGGUACCAUGGGAGCCCCAGCAGGUGAUGGUACCACGGGAGCCCCAGCAGGUGAUGGUACCAUGGGAGCCCCAGCAGCUGAUGGUACCAUGGGAGCCAGCAACAGACGAAGUCUUAGACAAGUCCCCAGCAACAAACUAAGUCUUAGACAGGGUCCUAAAAGAAUGCAAGAAUAA